AUCUCGCUACACAGGCCAAAGGCUUCUUUUAUCUCUUCACUGCUUGUUUACCUCAGUCGUCUAGUUUGGUGCAUACUCUCGAAGCCAAUGCUAUAGCUAUCUAUACAGGCAAAUGUCUUGUGAAGUGCUUUAAAGUGGUGUUCAGAGGAAAAUACUUUGAGGGGCGUAAUAUCCGCACAGCCUCCUUCCCGGGAUACACAACAAUGCACCCUGUACAGAAGAGCAUGGAUCUGAACAUGGCAUGUAACAGAACUAAAGGCAUUUACACGUGUGAACUCUGUAAUGUCACAUGUACUUCUGCUUCAAGCCUGAAUGAGCAUUUCAAAGGAAAAAAACACAAGGCAAAGGAAUCUGUUAGGCUGAACAAUCUGGGAAUUGAAUAUGUACGUAAAAAGAGCAACGUCUUUAGUAAAUGUGAAUUAUGUGAUGCACAGUUUGUUGAUGUGAUGGGGCAUGUUAACUCAUCCAUGCACAUCUUGAAGUAUAUGGAGACUCGUUAUCCAGAGACUUUUAAAAAUAUAAAAUGCCAAGGAUUAAAAUCCUUCAGUCCUGAACAACUGAAGAGAAUUAUGCUGGAAAUUGGAAGACAAUCUGGAAAUUGGAAUUUAAAUAUUUAUGCAGAGGAUGCUUUGUGGAUGGGAGAAAUGUUUGGCAGUAAUGAGAUCGGACCAAAGAAAAAGUUAGAAAAUGCAAAUUGUUUAAAAAGUUAUAAAGCAGGCAAGAAACCACCAAUGGCUAAUACUACAUGCCAAAAAUCAAUGGCUACUUCAACUAAACCUACAAAAGGAAAUGUAACUGGCAAAGAAGAUGAGCCACCAAAAAAGAAACAAAGGACAGAUCUGAACAGUGAUACAGUUGGAAAAUGUGAUUUAGAGAAAGAUGUAUUCACAACGACUUCUAUAUGUGAUGCAAUUAUAUCCACUUCUGGUAAACUUACUAAAAAGACAAGAAAUACUAAAGAAAAAUGUUACCAGAAAGAAAGCGACCGGGGGAAAGCAACUAAUUGUGAAUCUGAACAAAGAAAUCAUGGGCUCUGUUCAAAUGAAGGUAGAAGCAAUUUGAAAGAACCCAUGCUAACUGAGCCUCAGCAAGCAGAUCCAAGAAUAAGAUGUGGCUCUGGACAACAGUGUUCUAUCACCCAGCCUUCAGCUUACCUUUCUGCAAUGAACCAAAACUUGGACCAUCUAUUAGACCGAGUCAAGAGAGACCCUGAUACUGUUUCAUCAAGUAGACUGCAGACUUCCCCUACAGGAUGUGCCACGUGCCCAACAGGUAUUCAAAUGAUCAUCUGA